AUGGCCAUCUUUGUGACUAAAAGAUUACUAAGAUUCAUAACGCUGCUUGUAGUGUCUCUAUUGAUCUUAUUAUCAUUAUCCGCUCAUGACUCUACCUCCUCCUACUUACCAGCAUCAUUAGAUUUCUCAUCAUACAGAAAUACUGAACCACAACAGCAACAGCAACAACAACAAGUACAAGAAAAUGUGGGAAACCUUUUGAAACAAAAUGAUGAAGACGGUACUUUGGCAAGUACAGUAGCUGGUCCUGAUAAAGAUGAAGAAAAUAAGAAAAACGCAUUACAUCCAGCUGCCUCUUUGGAAGAGAAAACAUCAACUAAAAAUUUGAAAAAUGUACCAGAUAUUAAAGAUUCAUUAUCUAAGGAUAUCGUUGAAUUUAUGGCUCCAUCUUUCGAAAACAAAGGAAAAAGACCUAAAGCUACAUUUGUGUCCUUAGUGAGAAAUAGUGAAUUGAAUCCCAUGCUUGAUGCUAUCAAAUCUGUACAAAAAAAAUUCAAUAAUCAAUUCAAUUAUGAUUGGGUUUUCUUAAAUGAUGAUGAUUUCACAGAUGAAUUCAAAUCCAAGAUUAAGGAAACUAUUCCAAAUUCUACCAUCAAGUUUGGUAAGAUUCCAAAGGAACAUUGGUCUUAUCCUGAUUAUAUUUCCACUGACAAGGCCGCUGAAACAAGAGAAAAAAUGAAGAAAAUCAUUUACGGUUCUUCAGAAUCAUAUAGACAUAUGUGUCGUUAUCAAUCUGGAUUCUUUUGGAGACAUCCUAUCAUGGAAGAUUAUGAUUGGUAUUGGAGAGUAGAACCAAGUACUAAAUUAUAUUGUGAUAUCAAAUAUGAUGUAUUCCAAUGGAUGCAAGAUAAUGAUAAAGCUUAUGGGUUCACUAUUACCAUUCAUGAAUAUCUCUCAACAAUCCCAACUUUAUGGGAUACUUCUAAAAAAUUCUUUGAAAAACAUCCAGAUUAUUUAAGAAAGGAUAAUUUAAUGAAAUUUAUCUCAGAUGAUGGUGGGAAAUCUUAUAAUUUAUGUCAUUUUUGGUCUAAUUUUGAAGUGGCAAAUUUGAACCUUUGGAGAUCCCCAGCAUACACGGAAUAUUUCGAUUAUUUAGAUCAUGCUGGUGGUUUCUUUUAUGAAAGAUGGGGGGAUGCUCCUGUUCAUUCCAUUGCGGUCUCCGCAUUCUUACCAAAGGAUAGAAUUCAUUAUUUUUCAGAUAUUGGGUAUCAUCAUCCACCUUAUGAUAAUUGUCCAUUGGAUAAUAAAGUCUUUAAAGAUAACAAUUGUGAAUGUGAUCAAAAACAUGAUUUCACUUGGAAAGGUUACGCUUGUGGAAGACAAUAUUAUGACGCUGCAGGUAUUACCAGACCUUCCUAUUGGGAAAAAUAUUCUUAG